UAAGGUCGAGGCCAUAUUGUUGUUGACGGGUUGAGUGGCUUAUUUAGGUUAGAUAACACGUAGUCGCGCACAUUGUCGUUGACAUUGGUUGAGUUUCAUUGCGAGGAGAAUCAAGAUGAGUGGAGCUAACCCCAUCGACACAGAACCGAUCACCCUGACGAGGUUUAUAUUGGCGGAGCAGAAAAAGCAUCCCUCAGCCACCGGGGACUUUUCACAACUCAUCAACUUUAUACAAACGGCGGUUAAAGCGGUGUCGUCGGCAGUCAGAAAGGCUGGCAUUCACAAAAUUUUUGGUAUGUCCGGUACUGAAAAUGUUACCGGCGACGACCAGAAGAAAUUGGACGUUUUGGCCAAUGACCUCUUCAUCAACAUGCUGAAGUCCUCCUACCUCACCUGUCUACUGGUAUCCGAGGAAAACGAGAAUGCCAUUGUGGUGGAAACUGAGAAAAGUGGUAAAUAUAUUGUGACCUUUGACCCUUUAGAUGGUUCUUCAAACAUUGACUGCCUGGUGUCCAUUGGCUCCAUUUUUGCUAUUUAUAGAAAGAAAGAUGACGGUCCCGCUACAGAGAAGGACGCCCUGCAGAGUGGGAGGGAGCUGGUGGGGGCAGGGUAUGCCCUGUAUGGCAGCGCCACCAUGAUUGUCCUCUCCAUAGGGAACGGGGUCAACGGAUUCAUGUUGGAUCCAUCCAUUGGAGAAUUCAUCCUGACUGAACCUAACAUAAGAAUCAAGCCACGGGGAAAGAUCUACUCAAUCAAUGAGGGCUACGAACAGUUCUGGGACGCUGCUACUUCCGAGUAUGUACAGAGCAAGAAGAGGCCCAAGACGGGUAAACCCUAUGGAGCCAGGUACAUUGGGUCUAUGGUAGCAGACGUUCAUAGAACACUGGUCUAUGGGGGAAUAUUCAUGUACCCCGGCACUACAGAGGCACCCAAGGGAAAGCUAAGAAUGUUGUACGAGAGCAUCCCCAUGGCUUACAUAGUGGAACAAGCUGGGGGGCUCGCUGUUACCGGAACAAAGAACAUUCUAGACAUUGUUCCAAAGUCGAUCCAUGAGAGGUGUCCUGUGUUCAUGGGGUCAAAGGAUGACGUCCAAGAUGUCAUCGAUCUCUACAAAAAGCACGGCCUUUAAAAGUCCUGUGUCAGACGAAACUCCAGUUUAAAAAAAAACUAUUUUCAGUGGGUUUAUGCAAGUCUCUUCCAUUAAAAGCAUGAUUCAUAUUGUUUAUUUCUGUGCAUUUAUUGUAAUUAUGGUUUUUUUUAUACAUGUAUGUGGAAAGUUUGGUGUUUUUGUAAAAUGUAGAUGCUUUAUGGUAUAGCUAGUGCAAUCGGAAUUUCAAUAGCAACUGAAAUAGCAGGGUUUGCUAUUUUAUAUUGAUUUGUUCUAAUUAAGCUUUAAUAUUAUUACUGUGGUUACUUUUAUGUUAAUAUACAUGUCUUGUAUAUAUUUUAAGUGAAUUUUUGUGAAUGAUUUGGUCACAGGUUUUCAUUCAUUUGAAAAAAAAAUGUUCAAAACAAGACUAGAAAGUGCAGACAAAUGUUUUUUUUUUUCAUGCAAAUUUUGAAUUUGCAAAAGAAUAUUUUUUUUUUACAAGUUAUGUAUCAUUUAUUUGUCACUAAGUGACACACAUUCUUGAUACAUAAUAUAAUUCAUGAAAUCCUGAUAAUAAUAAUGCCAUGAUAUUAAAUAUUUUCCAGAAUUUAAGUGAUUGUGCUCUAAUAAACACUUGUAUUUUG